AUGGAUGCUUUGGAGAACUGGAGUAUAAUCGUCGUGACGAUUGAAAUAGUCAUAAGUCUCCUAGGAAUCUUCUUCAAUGGUUUGGUAAUUUUGACAAUUUGCCUGAAUAUUUAUCGUCUCUCAGCACCCAGCUACCUCAUACUCAGCAUUGCCGUGAGUGACUUUCUCUCUUGUUCUUUGGCCAUUCCAUUUUCUAUUGCAAGGCACUUUAAGAACAAAUGGCCCUUUGGAAUGGCUGGCUGUCAAGCUCAUGCGGUUAUGAUCUUUCUACUCGCUUUGGUGUCAUUAACUCAUCUGGCUGCCAUCUCAGCUGGGAAGUAUCUGACAGUAACCAAGUCCCUUUCAAAACAGUCCUAUUUUGAUACUAGAAUGGUAAGAAACGUGAUAGUUUCGUCCUGGAUUUUUUCCAUCGGUCUCAGCACAAUACCGUUGAUAAUGUGGUCGAAGAUCAAUGGCUUGGAUGGCAGUCAUAAAGCAUGCCUCUCGGAUAAACAGCAACCAUUUGUUCCUAGCGAUAAGGUAUACUUUGGAGCUGUUUAUUUCUUUUGUUACGUUAUAGCCUUGGCCGUGAUCACUUUUUGCUAUAACAAAAUCCACAAAGUUACCAAAAACAUUGUUCAGAACACACGCCACAUAGGCGGUUUGCCUGCCAUGGAAAUGAGACGAGCUCUUCUCAACAAGCAUCGUCGUUCUGCUAUGUAUUUUUUAAGCGUUAUAGCUGCUUUCAUGCUGUCGUGGUCUCCUUAUGCUGUCGUGUCCUUUCUUACACUCCUAUCAAUAGGGCUGAACCCCAUUGCUACAAGCGCCUGUAGUGUGUUCGCUCAAACAUCAUUUUUUCUCAACCCAAUCUUGUAUGCUAUAGUCUCUCGCCGAUUUCGAAGACGCAUGGUCAUAGCUGUUCCAGCGAUGAAAAGACAACAUAGAAGGAUCAGACCAGCUGGCUGUAAUUUCGAGUGUCGGGCCACUAGCCCU